AUGUCACCGAAUUUAUCUGCCGCGCAUCAGCGUGGCCAGAGGCUCUAUCGAAACGGGGAUUUUGAAGCCGCGGUAGAGGCGUUCGGAGAGGCCUUGAGCCAGCAAGAUGGGGAUAAGAUCGGAAUCUUGGAUAAUCGAUGUGCUGCGCUCUGCAAACUCGAGAAAUAUGACCAGGCUCUUCGUGAUGCAAGGCUUAUCAUCAAGAGUCGCAAAGAAGAUGAACGAGGAUAUCUACGCUGUGGCCAGGUCCUUGUGCUUCAGAAGAAACCCGAAAAGGCCCUAGAGAUCUAUGCAUACGGCUUGAAAAGUCUCCCCGCUGGGCAUCCACGUCGCGAGACUCUGGAACUCAUGCAGAAGAAGCUCCAGAAUGGCUUGAUGCUCAACCGACAUGAUCCAUUUACCAUCUUGCCGUUAGAAAUGGCUAUUAUGGUCCUCGAUCAGUUUUCCUUCCGGCAGAUCGCUGGAAUUAUGAGAGUCUGUAAAGGCUGGCAGCGUUUCAUCCACUCAUUACCGCACCUGUGGCUCAAAAUGGACUUUACAGGCGCUCGAACACGGGUACCCUGGCCCGCUGUCCGGUCGUACGUUCGUCAAUCAAAAGGAAACCUCUCCCAUGCAGUUAUCAAGAACCUGCCAUUCAACUCAACACAGAAGAGCCUGGAGUUUGUCAGCAGAUGUCCUCGCAUAGAGCAUCUUGAGUUGUGGGUAGAUCAUGGCUACAAAGAGACUGCCGCCCUAUUCCGUGGAUUCAAACAAGUCAAGAUCCUCGUGCUGGGGCCAGAUAUUGCCGUCCCGCAGGAUUCUUUCUUUACCCUGCUGAAAGAGAUGCGAAAACUAGAGCACAUCAAGAUUUUGAAUCUUACUGGCCCUUUAGUCCCCCUACCUCCACCUGACUUCACCUUGGGGUGGCCAGAGAGCUUACCGAACUUGAGAAGUAUUGAUUUAAGGAACAUGACCGAUGACAAUCCGCCCACAAAACCUCUAGCUCUUCCAUUCCUCAACCACCCAAGCUUUGUGGAACGCCAAAUGGGAUAUCGUCCGAGCUUCUAUCCAAGGCUGGAAGAACUUCGAUUGGAUUGGAGCCCACCGAAGAUGUCACAAAAUGCAUUUGUUGACAGCGACCCAUUCACGAGCUUAGAUCCAGAUGAUGUGCCUCCUUCUCUUCCUCCCCUUCGUUGCCUUGAGCUACGCGGUCUCGUCCCAGGCAGACAAGCGUUACAGCUCUUGCCUGGUAAAAUUGAGUCUUUUAGAUACGAACAACAGUUCCCGGCGUUACAUUCCCUCGUCAUUAAUGAUGCCGGGUGGUUCACGGUGGGAACUCUUGUGCACUUUCUCAGCACUUUCAAGCCAACACUGCGAACGCUGUCCCUAGACGCAUGUCCUAGGUUCAAACCGACCGACUUCCAUUGGGAUGACUUUGCAGGUACGCCGGAGCUGCAGUAUCUGACCGACCUAAGCCUAGCUAGCUUCCGCGACAUAGAGGAUAAAUACGCCACAAAGCUCUUCGAGUUCUUUUCCGACCUCAAGAGCCUCAAUUUGUCGUCUACGGAGAUCACAGGACUCACAAUCCGUAAGUUCGCCGACGCACGGAACUCGGACUCGCAUGCAGUUCCAAAGCUCGAUCGCCUGAUCGUGAAGAACUGCGAACGCAUCUCGUCAGAUGCGGUCCUGUACGGACGGGAGAAGGGACUCGAUGUUGUGAUCUGA